UGCAAAAACCCAUCUGCUAAGAAACCCUCGAAACUGAGGCCAGUAACCAAACCUGCCAUUACAACGAGAGGGCGGCGGUUUGUUUCCUGAUUUUCUGCCACUCCCCCGUCACAUGAUGUCUGCAGCGCUGGAGGCGAAAUCACUGGGAGGAAUUCAAAGACACGGGAAAGAUCACAUGAAGCAUCAAAGUCCCAGCUCCUCCGUCAUGCUGCGUCCCGCUGUCCUCGGUCUCCUCCUGGCAUGUGCUGUGUCUCUCAGCACCUCUGCUGUAAUUCUAGACAAUGGCAUGCCCAUCCUGUGGGCGCAAACGGCCAGCCAAGUGACAGACCUGCCGAUACAGAAUGGCAUUCUGACUCCUGAUCCCUGGCACUUCCUUCAUCGUAUGAGUCUGUACCGGCUGUUGAUAGCUGCUACAGACCCAUAUAUGGGAUCUAUGGGGACAAAUGCUACAGACAGUCCUCUGUGGGGAAUGCCAGUGCAGCUAGGAUGGAUGCUGACUUCAGGGCGUUUCGCCGACCCAACCGGUGCUACAACCUGUGGUCUGCAAACAGGAGAUACUAUGUGUAUUUCUACUCAGAGUUGGUGGGGCUGUGUGAACUAUUAUGCCUCUGCGCUGCCCUUCCUGUCUGCUGCACAGCAGGGCUUCAUGGGACCAGGAGUUCAGGUCCAGAUGCAGGUGCCUGAAGGUGUAGAGGACUUUUGCACCACCUAUGUUGACUGUGCAGCUCGCUACCCUGAUGCCAUGUCUAAGUGGGAUGCCUUUUUUCAGGGUCUCAGGUCUGCAUUUGAGUCUCCUCUGCCUGACGAUGAGAAGAAAGACACUCUCCUUGGUCUCUACUGGGCAGCCCAAACGGCUUCAACUCAGGCCUCUGCAGCAUGCCAAGCCAGGCAGAGCUACUACUCCUCUGUAGAGGUGUCUUUUGCUAACAGCUGGCUGAACUCAGCGGAGUAUGUAUCGGCCUCACACUUCCAGUCCAAUUUGGAAAAAUCUGUGCUGUUUCAAUCCCCUCUGCCAAGCCGAGUUUUACAGGUGGGCGACAGUGCACCUAACAUUGCUGAUUUGAGUCAGGAGGAGAACCACACCCUGUAUGUUUUCUCCUGGAUGCAAAACAUCAACACUCUGCUUGGUGGGACUCUGGUGCGUGUGUGGAAAAAUGCCAUGUGUUCAGUGACCACAAGACAGAAAGGCAGAGAGAUGCUGGAGCAGCUCCUGCUCAAUCCCAGCUUCGCCACAAACUCUUUCCUGUCCAUCAUCACUGGAAUGGCUACCAGCUGCUGAGGCAAACACGCAAACACACUCACAAACAGAAACAAAGAGAAAUAACAACUCCAGUUACGUAAUGCUUUUCACUUUUUCAUCCGAUUGUUAUUUAAUUACCAUCAAACUAAAUAGUUCAAGUAAGUACUGACAGUACGUUGUGUCAGGUCAAGCAGCUAAUCCUUAGUGGGUAUUGCAAGUUCUUGUCAUGCUCUUGUGAAUGUGUCCCAGUAAAAUGUCAACAAUC